AUGAGACUUUUAUUGUGUUUAAUUUUCUUAGUUUUUGUUUUCAAUUUUGCAUUAUCAACAGUUCAUUUCAAAGAUACCUUUGAUAACGAUUGGGAAUCAAGAUGGGUUGUUAGUGAUUGGCAUAAAGAAGAUGGUAAAUCAGGUAAAUUAGUUCAUACUGCAGGUAAAUGGUUUGGUGAUGAAAAUCAAAAAGGUAUUCAAACUAGUGAAGAUGCUCGUUUCUACGCUGUAUCAGCUAAAUUCCCAAGUUUCAGUAACAAAGGUAAAGAUUUAGUUCUCCAAUACACUGUAAAGAAUGAACAAAAAGUUGAUUGUGGUGGUUCAUACAUCAAGUUAUUACCAUCCAAAUUAGAUCAAUCAGCAUUCGAUGGUGAAUCUGAAUAUUCCAUUAUGUUUGGUCCAGAUGUUUGUGGUGCCUCAAAGAGAGUUCACGUCAUUCUCAACUACAAAGGAAAGAACCAUUUAAUCAAGAAAGAAAUCAACAAAGUUGAAACCGAUCAAUUAACUCAUCAAUACACUUUGGUCAUUUCACCAGAUAACACCUACAAAGUACUCGUCGAUAACAAAGAGAUCCAAGCAGGUAACCUCGCUGAUGAUUGGGAAUUACUUCCAUCAAAACAAAUCAAAGAUCCAAAACAAUCCAAACCAGUCGAUUGGGUUGACGUAAAGGAAAUCGAUGACCCAGAAGAUGUUAAACCAGCCGGUCAUGACGAUAUCCCAGCUUCAAUCGUUGAUCCAGAAGCUGUCAAACCAGAGGAUUGGAAUGAAGAAGACGACGGUGAAUGGGAAGCCCCAACCAUCGCCAAUCCAGAAUACAAAGGUGAAUGGAAAGCAAAGAAAAUCCCAAAUCCAGAAUACAAAGGUGAAUGGGUACACCCAUUAAUUGAUAACCCAGAAUACGCUGAAGACAAUGAACUCUACCUCUUUAAUGAUCUCGGUGCUAUCGGUUUCGAAUUAUGGCAAGUUAAAUCUGGUUCCAUCUUUAACAAUAUGAUCGUCACCGACUCUGUCGAAGAAGCUAAAGAUUUCUCUGAAAAGACCUUUGUUGCCAACCAAGAAGCCGAAAAGAAAAUGUUUGACGACCUCGAAGCCGCCAAAGCUGAAGAGAGAAAGAAAGCUGACGAAAAAUUAGCUGCCGAAAAAGCUGCUGAAAAAGAAGCCGAAGAAGCUGAUGAAGAAGAAGAAGAAGUCGCUGAAGAAGAUUUAGUUAAAACUGAUGACAAAAAAGAAGAAGUCAAAAAAUCAACCAAAAAAGUUGAUCAUGACGAACUUUAA